AUGUUCUCAUACGCACUCACUAAAAUCUGGCUGAUCGCCAUUAUCAUUGGUGCUGCGAUCAGUAGUCCCCUCGAUACCAGCGUCACUGCCAUCCGCGUUGGUGGUGAGCACAGCAAUGUCGCUGAGGUUGUUGCCGGGGAUCGGCCUGAACAUAACUGUGAAGACAUCAUUAAGCGACAGAUUGUACCUCUCAUCGACUGCUCUUACUCUUGGGAGAACUGUGGCUUCGACGACCACCUGGAAUAUCAGAUCAAGAUUGACCCUGUCGGCGACUCAAGCGACAAGUGGUGUGAAAUGCUUAACGACAAGAUCAACACCUUCACCAAGAAGACAACUACUUGGAUUUCCUGUGAUCGCAGUUACAAGGCCAGUGAUAUUGGCAACGGCAUCUGGCUUCGCGUCAAAAUUGGUUACCCUUGGCCUGCGGGUGGAGAUUUCAUGAACGAGGUCGAGGCCGCUAUCCGAUUUUCCAUGUGCUUUGCCCAUCCGGUGCUCACCAAUUGGGUAAACGAAGGAUGCUACCGAAGCAGCAUAUGUUCCUCUAGAUAUUGGGCCCUGAAUGAGCGAUCGAUUGCCGAAAGCCAGCCUGUGAAGGAGUUGUCUUCCAAAAACACCGAUGCCAAAGCAUUUGAUUCGAUCUCCAGUAGCAUUGCCACUGUUACAGACUCAGAGCCAAGCACUAUCUACUUUCAAGCCCGAGACGAGAACAAACUAGCCGGAAAUGCUGUUGUUUCGACCUCCAGCGACCCCGGUCCUUCCGUCGUUGAGAGAAACAUCAAGGCCGUGGCUACGCCUCCUCCGGGAAUUGACCCCGACUUCACCUGUGCUUUCGUCGACCCCAACAAGGGUUUGUCUACCAAAGUCGACUGCUCUUACUAUUACGAGAAACGCAACGACCGUCUCAAGUACAAGGUCGACAUUCAACCCACCAGCCAGGACUCCACCCUCUGGUGCGAGCAGCUUAUUCAUGCCAUCCGCCAGCGUUGCCCACAUGGCAAUGUUGACAACAGAUAUUUGACCAAAAAGUGCAGGACCGACGUUUUCGAGUCGAAAUUGGGCAAAGGAAUGUCUAUCGAGUUCGAUGCUUUAUCUUGGUUCGUCAAUGAUGACAACGAGUCUUGCACCGAAGAGGCGAUUAAGUCCACAACAUGUGGCAUCCCGGCAGUGUUCGAGAAAGGCGGAUGCUAUAAGGCUUAG